AUGCGGCCUCCAGGCACCGGCCACUUGCCGAUGCCCAGCCUCCGGCGCAUGGCGGCCCUCCUGCUGCCAUUGUGCGGUCUCCUGCUCGCGGGGCUGGCAUCGGCGGCGCACCCGACGCCGGGCCACCCCCCGCCCACGCCCCCCUUGACCAGUGCCCGCGUGGCGUCCAUGUCCCGGGAGGAGGCGCGGGCGGCGGCCGGCGCGCUGGAAGACGCCGCCGGCGACCGGCGCAUGGUCCUCGCCCUGCGCCACGGGCUGCCCUUCGACUGGGACGCCGAGGCGGCCGACGCGGCCCCCUGCCCGGCCUCCUGCCCGGGCACGUGCGACCAGCACGGCUGCGUGGCCUGCCCGGCCGACAUGGAGCUGGCCAUCGGCCAGCCGGUCACCUGUGUCCCGGUGAGCCCCCCCCCCGACGACGGGUCCCACAUGGCCGCCCAAAUUACCGGCUGCUACAGGUACAACAGCCGGGGCACCUCCUGCGUCGAGUGCCACUACCGGUACUACCUCUCCUCCGGCCGGUGCUACUCCUGCCAGCGCAGCUGCUUCGACUGCUACAACUACUAUGACUGCCACGAGUGCGAAGGUGGCUACUUCUGGAGCAACUACUCGUGCUACUCCUGCCCGAGCAACUGCUACCGCUGCCAGUCCAGCUCCCGGUGCAACACCUGCUACAGCGGCUACUACCUGCAGAAUGGCGCCUGCGUGUAUGCCUGCUCGUCGAACUACUACCGCGAGGGGGGCUCCUGCUUGCCCUGUAGCAGCGCCUGCGCCUCGUGCUAUGGCAGCGGCUCCGGCAACUGCACCGCCUGCCCGGCCGGGCGAUACCUCCAGGGCGGCACCUGUGUGGCCGCCUGCCCCGGCAAUCACUUCAUCAGCGGCCAGUCGUGUCUGCCCUGCAGCAGCACCUGUGCCACUUGCGCCGGCAGCGCGGCCGCCUGCACCAGCUGCCCGGCCGGGCGCCUCCUCCAGGCCACCACCUGCGUGGCUGCCUGCUCGGCCGGCUACAUGGCCAGCGGCAGCAACUGCCUGGCCUGCAGCACCGGCUGCUCCGCAUGCACCGGCAGCACCACCAACUGCACUGCCUGCAAGAGUGGCUACCUCCGCCAUGGGGCCACCUGCGUGGCAUCCUGCCCGGCGGGCUACUUCGCCAGCGCCGGGGCACGAACGCCACGCCGGCCGGCACGCAGGCGACGCACCGAUUGCAUGAGGCCCGGGCUGUCGGUGAUCUCGCACCGGAUGGCAAACUCCAGGCGGUCCCUGUCCACCGGAUAG